AUGGGUGCCGCGUUGAGUCAGAUGUUCCCACCGGCUCCAGCCUUCACCGAAAGGAUGUGCCGGACCAAGAAGGCAAGCGGAGUCGGCAAGGAACUUGCCCGAAUACUCUACCCCCUCAACGCGAAAGUAUACACCGCUAGCCGUGCAAGGUCGCGAGGAGAAGCUGCAAUAUCCGAUAUCCAAAAGGCCGUGCCGCAUUCUAGCGGCUCGUUAGAUUUCAUUGAAGUCGAUCUUGAGGACCUAGAAAGCGUGCGGACCGCAGCCGAAACAUUCUUGAAAAAGGAAGAUAGGCUGGAUGCGCUAUGGAAUAACGCAGGAACGAUGCUUCCUCCGGCCAGAAGCAAGACGAAGCAGGGGUACGAGCUGCAGACCGGGUCGAAUACUCUCGCACCGUUCUUGCUUACGGAGCUACUGACGCCGCUGAUGGUUCGGACGGUUAAGCAGCAGGGUCCGGGAAGCGUCCGCAUUCUCUGGGUGGCUUCCUCGGCGGCAGAGCUGUUCUCGCCAACGAACGGAGUCGACAUGAAUAACUCUAAUGGAGAUGGGGUAUCUAGCGGAACGCAAUACGGAGUAAGUAAGGGUGGAAUGGUCCUACUUUCACAGGAGUAUGCGAAACGGUACAAAGUUGACGGGGUAAUCAGCGUAUCGAUGAAUCCCGGUAACCAGAAGACUAAUCUGCGCCGGCAUGUUAAUCCCCUCCUCGCCAUUGCCUUCGGAUGGAUGAGUCAUGAUCCUAUUAAGGGCGCAUACACCGAGCUGUUCUCCGGAUUUUCCGAAGACAUCACACUGGAAAACUCCGGAUGCUGGGUCAUACCAUGGGGACGAAUCGUACCUGUUCGCGUAGACAUCCUGAAAGCGGGUGUCCCGGAAUUAGAGGGAGGCACCGGUGUUGGCGCAAAGUUCUGGGACUGGUGCCAGGAACAAGUCGCUCCGUACAUAACCGCAUAG